ACUAUGGGUAAAACAUGGCGGCGCUCUGUGUCCAUAUGAAGAUGUAUUCGUGAUGUCCAUUCCGUCCUUGAAUCAAUGGAUGUGCAGCAGUUGUCUUUAAUAUUCCGACAAAAACUCCCAGGAAACACAAUAAAGCAAAAGAAAGAGGUAUAAGAUCUAGUGAACUUUUGUUUUAGAUUUUUUACGAAAUGUCUGAAAACAGCACUACAAGCGCGGAAGGAGCGCCUCCGAGAGCAAUCGUGAUGGAGAUGAUGAUCGCUAAUUUUAAAAGGCUACCUGAACUAGACCAGAAGUUUUUCAACUAUGGACCUUUGUACUUGGGAGGAAACGCGGCAUUUGCUGGUCUUAUAGCAAACAGUUUCUUUCGGAGGGCGCUGAAUGUCACCCAGGCGCGCCUUGCAUCGUCGGUCCCGAUGGCCGUCCUCCCAUUCAUCACGACAGUCGCCUUUUACAACGCCGCAGUGUCCAGUCCUUUACUUUCUGGGGAUCUCAACUGUCCAUCGUGUGCUUUGAUGAGAGGAGCACUUAUCGGCGUCGUCGGCGGUGGGAUUUACCCCAUUCUGUUGGCGUUACCCGUGAACGCAGGACUCGCAUCCGCAUAUAACUCUGCACCAAUGCCAGUCAAAGGGAAUGCAUUUCGAUUUGCCAUCGACAUUUCUCGGCCGGUCCUGACCAAAAUGAGGCCAGUGUUGGUGCUUCAGGCGUUAUUUGGUACCUACCUGAGUUCGCGACACUUUGACACCUAUAAGAAGCUUGUUGAGAUUGUGUCUGGCUCUGGGGCCGAAGAGCUCAUGGAUUAACAUCUGUGUUCAAAUGUUCGUGUCUAGUAUAGCCAUUGACCUAAUGCGCUUCAUCCCACGCAUCUUUUCACAUUCUACAAAGGAGCGUAAAAGGGGGUUUAGGAAAGACAAUGAAUAACUGUGUAUGCAUAUCAAUAAUUGUCCCACACAAAAUGCUGAUAUUAAUAUGCUAUUAAUUGACUAUCAAUGAUUUGAUGAUCAGCACUUACAAUAAAUAUUAAAAACAAAUGGGAAAAUAAUA